ACAAAAAUUAGUGACAAAAUGGCGGUUACCAGUUGAUUUUGUGUGCGUGGUCCACUGCAGUUCUACUGCAAAGUCCACUGCAUCAUUAUAUAUUAAUUUGUAGUUAUCAAAAAAAAAAAAAAAAUGGGCGGCAUUAAACGACAAUGGUAGUCAUAUUUAGAUUAGAAGAAUACACUGAUAAGGAUUUGACGUUUAUUGUAUUGUCUAACAAUAGCUCUCCUUUUUUUUGGAUGAAUGGCGGGUUAUGAUGUCGUUUCUCUCGUCCUUGACAGUGCAGUGACAGUGGAUUCAAUUGCUCUAUACUGUUAUGUGCAUUUAUGACGUUGAGAUUUAAUUAAUUAAACAAGUACCGACAGAAUGGAGGUGCUUAAGACUACACAAGAGAUCGUUCACGAAGGAUGGCUCAUCAAGUCACCGCCUACGAAAAUCUGGAGGGCGCGUUGGAGAAAACGGUGGUUUGCUUUACGUCAUAGUGGCGAAUUACCAGGGCAAUACUUUUUGGAGUAUUACACAGACAAGAGAUGUCGAAAACGAAAAGGUCAAAUAGAUUUGGAUCAGUGUGAACAAGUUGACGCUGGUUUAAGAUUUGAGAAUCGUAAACAAAAAUAUCAAUUUAUGUUCAACGUUAAAACGCCAAAGAGAACAUAUUACCUUGUGGCUGAAAACGAAGCUGAAAUGAAUAAAUGGGUUGACGCUGUUUGUCAAGUUUGUGGCCUAAAGGCAUACACUCAAGACGAAGAGCAACAAUGUCAGAUGUUUCAAUUCGAAGCGCAAGAAUCACCGCCAAUUUCUCCAACGAGUACAAUUUCCGGUCCCUAUAUUCCGAUAAGUGAGUGCAUUUCAGGACGACGUCUCAAUGACACAAGCUCUCUAAGUUCAACUCUUGGCCAAAGCACUGAACAAUACGACGCUCCAAGAAGAAUUCCUCCAUCACCUCCAAGAUCACCGACGACAACCGACGCCGAAAGUGUCUUCACUGAUGACGAAUGGAGUGCCCCUGUACCAAGUGUCAAUUGGGAAACAUUUCCAUCUUGCGGAGACUUAAAACCACCGCAAUCAUUGAGUGAUGCAGAAAUUGGUUCGUGGAGUGUGCGUAAAAGAUUUGGCAAACUGAGAAUAGUUGAUUCGGCCGCACCACCAGUUGCAGAAGAGUUACCCGCUCCACCACGACCACCAAAACCACCGCACAUGUUACCCGAAAAUCCUGGACACAAUUAUUUGAAUUUGGACGGUGCUACUGAAAGUUCAAAGCCAACGACACCCGCCACACCGGCACCAUCAACACCCGCGACGACAAUUCUCACCGAUGACACCUAUGAAAUUUCCCGAUCCCAACAAUCUGGAAUGGAAACAGGUGGAAGAAAACAUUACACUGCAACGCCAUCGUCGUCAGUUGACGAUCGUAUAUUUCGUUACGAUUUCCACGAGGAAGAACCCUCAAGUCCACGUUCGGAGAGUUCAACAACGGCGACCUAUUCAAAUCUACCUAGUCCAUUAUUAAAGGAUAGUUCCACAUCAGUGCCUACUACCAUGGCUCCACCACCUCCAGUUGUUCAUAGGGAUUUGAAACCAGGUAGAAAAACAAGUGAUUCAACUUCUAUUAUUAGCAAUGAACCAUCGCCUGGACCAGCAUUCGAUGCAAAUUCAACGGAACAUUCACCCGCGGAACCACCGAGUAUCGAUAGAAAACUCAAACCGCCUUUAAACAGGCCACCAAUUGAAAUUAACACUGGAGCUCUACAAUUGGCUUCUCCUCCAGGAAGAGGAAGAUUGAGAGCAGCACCCAGUCCAACGCCUACCACGAACACUUAUUCUAAUCGCCAUCAUUCAACGUCUGAUGAAGACAACAAUGCACACGACGAUAAGGAGGAGAUUUAUUAUUAUCAGGAUCACAAUGCAUUUAUUCCAGCGUCAAAUCGACGACUGGUUGUAUUGCAAUAUCUUGAUUUAGAUUUGGAGGCUAAGGAAAGUUUUUCAUCGACAACAUUGCCAACAAUUCAAUCACCGCCCAAUAGUACUGUUUAUAAAACAGUUGAUUUUCUCAAAACCGAAGCAUUUAAUCGUACUAGACAACGAGUUGAAGAAGAACGAAAGCAAUGUACUGACGAUCUUACCUAAAUGCUUCGAAAUUCCAAGAUUUUUAUUUUCAAUCGUCAUAUCAAAAAAAAAAAAGUAUAUAUUCUUAAGAGAAAAAAAAGGUAAUUAAACUAAUCAUCUGUUUAUUCAUAUAUUAUCAUUAGACUGUCAUUUAAUUUACUUUUAGUGCAUUUUUACUUCAUAGCACUUUUUCAAGAAAAAUCUAUUUUAUAUAUAUUAUAUAUAUAUUACAUAUAUAUACGGUAAAAAUAGGAUUUCUUUUUAGAAGUAAAUAAUUUUUUAGAUGAGGAACAAAUUUUAGUCUCUAACGAAUUUUUCAUUUAUUUUUUUCUUGAAAAUUAAUUUUCUUUUUAAAUUUUAAUGUUUAAAAAUGUCAUUACAAUAUAUUUGUUCCUCGUUUAUUUUUGAUAACCAAAAGAAAGAAAUUUAAACUCUUGAACAAUUUUUCUAGAAAAAAAUUGUUAAUUUUUACUGAAUAGUGAUAAAAAUUAGAAUCUAAACCAUAAACGCACAUAAAGCACAAAGCUUUACAAAUUGAUUUUCUAAAUCUUUUUAUCACUAGAAUUUCAUGUAAUUUCAUAAUCAUUUACAAAAAAAAAGUAGCGUUUUUGCCGAUGACUAUUUGACAAUGAAUAUUUAGCAAUAUAAUAAUGGACCAAAAAUAUAAAUUUAAUUAUUAAGUAACAAAAGCUGGUCGGGUUUGACUGUAUAGAAAAUGUUUAACUAAUCAGUAGUUAUUUAUGAUUGCAAACCAAAAUAAUAUUUACGAAUAUAUCAUGAGGCAAGAAAAAAUAAUUUGUUUUUUGUUUGUCUCUAAAAGCAACGAAUUUUGAACGUAAAGAAUUUUUUUCUUUAAUUGUAUAAUAUUUUCAAUAAUAUAUUAUUAACGCUGUUCGUAAUGAACGCAUUUAUUUUUAAAAGUGGUAUUACACACCUAAUGAGAGCGCACUUGUUACAGGAUUGUAAAUCAUGUGUACAGUAUUAAAAAAUUUUUUUGAAAAAUUUCUUAGAUUUUACGAAUAUUAUAAGAUCUUUUUAUACUGCAAGGUACUCUUCUGUUGAGAUUAGACAUUAUAUAUAUAAAAAUAUAUUUUAAUUGAUGGAAUGGAAUUUAAUCGUCGAAUUAAAUUUUCUAAAUACUGUAAAUAUGUAUACAUAAGUAUGAACUAAAGAAGAAAAGAAGGUAAAGAAAAUGUUAUAUAUAAUGCUUUCAGAGAUUUUAUUACAUUUCAGAUCGCUUUAUAAAGUCGAUUUUACAAUGUACACUUGUAAACGGUUUUUUCGCUUUUCUAUUUUACAAUCGACGAUUUUUUUUUUGGGCGUCAACUUUUUAUUUUCUUAUUAAAUCCAAUAAAAAGUGAAUUUUAGUGAAAGAAUAGAUGAGCUUAUUAUUGACGAAAUACGAUUUUCUUUAUCGUUUUUAAUAUGGAAUAA